AUGGAAAAUGCAGAAAAAGUUGAGAAUGAAGUUGAGUUAGUUGAGGAGCCGAAAGAUGAUACUAAAAAGGAAUCCAAGGUGACGCAAAAAGUGAUCCCCAUGACAAGACGUCCACCUCCCUUCUCACAAAGGUUGGUGAAAAAGACUGAAGAGGGUAAAUACCGCAGAGGGUAUGCGAAGUUCAUGAAGAAUCUGGUGACUGAAAAGAGGGUAGUUAGUUUUAAAAUUGAAGACAAGUUGCAGCAUUGUAGUGCCAUUGAUACUAGGUCACUGGUGCUAAAGAAAGAGGAUCCUGGAGCUUUCACCAUCCAAUUUACUAUCGGUAUACUGCACUUUGCGAAGGCACUGUGUGACUUGGGUGCUAGCAUUAACUUGAUGCCGUUGUCAAUUUAUAAGAAGUUGGGGCUAAGGACUCCCAAGCCGACUACAAUGCGAUUGCUGAUUGUGGAUAGAAUUGUGAAGAGACCUAUUGGAGUUCUCUAA